AUAUGACGUGACACGGAAGUGUUUUCUCGGUCAAGUCAAUUCUCAAGUCGACGUUAGUGCCUAUAAACUUAACUUUUGUAAGAUCUUUAACUACGUUGAUAAGUCCCAUUUACCAGAUCUCCUUGGGACUUUUGGGGAUUAGUGUAUCUUUCUUGUUUACAUGUUCACAUGGUGGUUAUGGACAGUGUAAAAGGACAAUACAAAUGAGUGUUGACUACCACAUUCCGAGGAGACCGGACAGCACCCUCCCACUAUCGGCCAUGCCCGUACCCACUGUGGCCGAACCCGCACUGGACCACCAGAGACGCUUUGAAGCUGCAGUGGAUGUCAUCAAAAAGUUACCUAAGAAUGGGCUCUACCAGCCGUCCUACAGGGUCAUGCUGCGCUUCUACGGCCUCUACAAGCAGGCCGUCUGCGGGCCGUGCAACCAACCCCGGCCCGGGUUCUGGGAUCCGGUGGGCCGCUACAAAUGGGAUGCAUGGAGCCGUAUGGGGGGGAUGAGCAGUGAAGGCGCCAUGGCGACUUACGUGGAUGAAAUGAAGAAAGUAGCAAAGGAGGUCCUGGAAACGCUGCCGGUGAACGAGAAGACGGCGUCCCUCAUCCAUCACUUUGAGCCCCUCUACCUGGUGGUGGACGACAUGCCUCUCCCCCCGCAGGAACUUCUAGACCUCCGCCAAGGUGUGAAUGGCAGCAGGCCGGAGAAAUACCCAGAAGACAUGAAGAUGAGUGAAGAUGAAGAUGAGGGACAUGAGGAGGCUGAAGAUCUGGCUGCUCCCUCUCUAGAGACAGGCCCCGGGGUCCCAGAGUCACCAGAGUCACCAGAACUGUCAGCCAACCCACUGAAUGACUCCGGGCUGUCUGAGGGACUGGCGCCCACCAGCGACUCGGAGAGCGAGAUCUUCUGCGACUCGUUGGAUUCAGAGGAGCAACUUCUCAACACAAAGAUCAAGACCAACGGGUUCCAGAACGGGCACUCGGACCCUUCGUCACACCAGCCCUGGAGCCACGAGACCGUUGCCGGGGCAACGCAGGUGGGGUCGGGUCAAGGUGGCGAGGGGGCGGGGGAGGACAAAGGCCCGAGGAGGAGGAGGAGUCACAGUGGGAGAGGCGGUCCCGAGCAGGGCUGGAGAGAACGUGGCGCCCCUCCUGGCAGCCCCAGACCUCCCGGUCGUGGGGCUCCUAAUAUGGGCGGGGGCGGCAGGGGCGGUCCCGAGGGCGGGGCUGAGCGGCUGCACGACGCCCAGCUGCAGCAGCAGAUCGUGGUGGCCCUGCGGCGGCUGAGGGAGGACAUGCGCAGCGUCAUGGAGCGUCUGGAGGCGGUGGAGCAUCUCGCCGCGGCACACGCCCAGAACGAGGACUGGACGCUGUGCUCCCAGUGUGCAAACGCCUCAAACUCACCGGAGGGGGAGAAAUGGUGGCCGUUCGACGUGUCGGGCCACACCCUGCUGCUCCUGCUCAUGUGGCCCCUGGUGGCCCAGGGCCUCGUGAUGCUGCUGCGGCGGGCCCAGAAGAGAGGCUGUGUGUCCUCCUGAAGGGCCCCCAGGGGUCGGACGUACUGUGCUGCCCAGACCGCAGUGACCCUUCUCAGUGCAAUGGUGUGGUGUGUUCAGAAAGAGAAGGAACUUGGGUCUUUUGCGCAAACUCAGCAGUAGGAAGGGUCAAGGGAAUGAAUUUAGUGGACACACUGGAAAUGAUGUGAAGAGAUGUUUCAGGAUUUGUCUCGCCUUGUAAAACACAACUUUAAAAAACCUGUUAUUAAAUUAUUCUUAAUUGAUUGUACAUAGGUUCUGAUUGUGAUGAAGUGACGAUUGCAGAUCUGUAUUUGAAGUUUGGACGACAAUGGAAACAAUAAAACAGAUAUCCCAGCAAGAAUAUAAUAUA